GGGAGAGGCUGCUGGCAGGCACUGGGGGGAGCUUAUAGUGAGUGCGAGGCGGUGAGUGCGGCCUCCAUGCCUGGCUCCGGCUGCAUUGUGGGAGUCUGACCUCACUCACUCGCCGACAUGGGAGCCGUUACGGACGGUAAGUCUCCUCUCUGACUGUAGGUAGCCCUGGGCCCCCUUUACUCCCCUCCCCGGUAACCCUCACACCGCCGGAGCAGGCAGGGAGCCGGCUAGGCCGCAAAGCCGCGGUCUGGAUUGAACAGCCUGCCGGGCACAGUGCAUUCUCAGGGGGAUAGACCCAAUGAUUCACCCAGGCUUCUCCAUACAGCAUGGCCUAGCCUGGGAGAAGCCCUUGUUACUUCUACUGAUUCAUUAUUCCAUAUGUUUAGCACUAAGCUCCCUGGUAGUAAUGCUUAUAGGAGCUGAGAGUAGAUUGUAAGCUUUGCUGGCUAAAGCAGUGUACAGGCUCCUUUAUUUUAUUUUUAGAUCCUUCCCCUUUUUCACUUGUAAAUACUUCACUGUUUCCAUUAUUUGUCCAGGUAUAAUAUUUAGAGUUUUAUUUUUUAUUUAACAUUCUAAAUUCCAGCCACUGAUUAUCAUUUUAUACAAUGGGGGUUUAUUUAGUAAACUCAGAAUUGUAACAAAUUAAAAUUCAAAUGGCAAUAUGCAGACUAAAAUAACCCAGAAUAGCCAGGAUGUUACUGCAAGUGAUUCAGAGAACCCCCACACCAGCUAUUGUUGACUACAUUUUGGAAUUUAGUGAAUAAACUCCCAUUAGUUCAGCUAUUUUGGUCAAAAACAUUAAUUUCAUGCUUGCAGUCCUAUGGACUGUAAGCUCGUUUGAGCAGGGUCCUCAUUAUUAUUAUUAUUAUUAUUUAUAAAGCGCCAGCAAAUUCUGUAGCGCUGUACAAUGUUGUUCCUGUAACAUUUUGUAAUUGUCUCAUUUAUUGUUAAAUUUAAACAGCGCUGCAGAAUAAGUUGGCGAUAUAUAAAUACCUAUAAUACUAACUUGUGAAUUUUAUCACUUUCUGGGUUUUUGUAUGUUUUCAAAGAUGAAAUGCACACCUCAUGUGUGGUGGCCAGGAGGAUAAGCUGCAGAGAGAUGUACUUUCCUGAAACGUGACAUCUUGGGAGAUGAUGGAGACCUACUUCAAUUCCUGGCACAUAACUUGCUAGGAACCCACAUCACUGACCUGUGCAAGAUCCCACAAGAUCAGAUGAAACUCAGUUGCUCGCAGUGCACAAUGUUUCACAGCUGUCGUUAAAACUUUGUCUUAUAAUGGCUUCUGAUACUUUGUCUUAUAUCUUUUGGUUGUUGAGAAUUUUGAUCAAAUUCCAAGCAGUCAAUAUGAGUAGUUCAUAAGCAUUGUAUCUUUAUGAAACACUCCAAGAUGAUAGAGCUAUUUUAAAGGAAAACUGUAGUGUUAGGAAUACAGGUGGUCCUUACUUUCCGACAUACCUGUUUUACGAUGGCUCACACUUACGACCAGCUCUCUAGCGUGGGGAUUCCCUACAUUAGAGAGCUUGUCUAUGUUCGGGGUAACAUAGACCUGCUCUCUUGCACAUCCUCACUUACUGACCAAUUUGUUUUACGACCUGGUCUUAAGAACAGAACUCGGUCGGUAAGUGAGUAGUGCCUGUACAAAAUUGUAUUCCUAAACCUAUAGUGCCCUCUGAUCGCCCCCUUCGUCGCACCCCCCUCCCUUUGGCACAUAAAGGGGUUAAAAAAAAAAAUAUUUACUUACCUGAUUCUGUAUGUUCCUCAGCGCUGGGUUGCUUUCCACGUCAUCCGAUGGGGGUGACCUAAUGCGCAUGUGUAGCGAGCACUUUCUGUUUCCCUUCGUCCUGCAAUGUAAAACAUUGCAGUUUCAGGGAAACUAAUGUUUAUAUUGCAGUUCAAAAAUGGCCUCUAAUGGUGGUUCCAGUAGUGUCACAAGGUUUGACUCUGUAAAAGGACGAUGGACUUCCUCACACUCUUCAUGAGGAUGUCCAGCGUCAGAGAAAACCCAGUGCCUCAAUGCUUUCCUACUGGGUUUUCUCUGACGCUGGACAUCCUCAUGAAGAGUGUGAGGAAGUCCAUCGUCCUUUUACAGAGUCAAACCUUGUGACACUACUGGAAGCACCAUUAGAGGCCAUUUUUGAACUGCAAUAUAAACAUUAGUUUCCCUGAAACUGCAAUGUUUUACAUUGCAGGACGAAGGGAAACAGAAACUGCACCCAGACCACUACAAUGAGACGAAAGGGUCUGGGUGCCAAUACUGUUGCUUUAAAACAGACAAUUGUGGGGUCUUUGUAUUUUUCAAAGACACCUUAUUGAGACAUGUUGAUCAUAAGUUGGUAACUUGGGGGGGUUUGUUAAUUUAAGUUCUCAUUCCUUAGUACUUUUAUCUUUUACAUGCCAGCAGUUAUGCUUAUUGACUCAAGGAAAGAUCUUGCAAGAUUACAAGAACUACCUUGAUAAUCACAAAACCGUUCUAUGAAAGAUGUUGCAAGAUUUUAGGACCUACCUUGAUAAUCUUGCACUUGUGCUGUUCCCAUUAGCUGCCUCACCAUGGCAGGAUGUGGACUGUCUGUCUGUGUCCACGUUUCAGAACUCACAUUAAACAAAGAGGAAGAGUUUUCAAAGUGUUUUGGUCUAAAUAUUGCAAAAGUGAUCAUAGGAACCGCACUCCAUCCCAGUAGCCACCGGUGCUCCGGAACAGAACCAGCAAUCCCAACACGUUAAGGCAGCAAGAAAGAUUCCCAGGCACUCAAGGUGUGAAAGCCGCAGGCAGAUUUAUUGAAACAAAAAGACAGCGAGCUUGAAAAAAACCUCUCAGUAGGUUGAAACGUUGCUGUCUUUUUUUUUUUUUUUGUGGCUUUCACACCUUGAGUGCCUGGGAAUCUUUCUUGUUGCCUGGUCUAAAUAUUGUUCUAAAGUACUAGACAUUAGGUAAUUACCAUGUAGACCAAUGGAACGAGCAAAAAUAUUCCAUUGAUGAUUCUUCCCCUUUUUACAUUUCUUCCAUCACUUUUUAGAAUAGAACGCUUUGCUCCAUCUCCUCCAAUGUCUUGUGUAACCUUUUUUGACUGAGUUGGAAUUAAUAGGAAAUUCCACCACUGACCAUAAUCUACCUUAAAGGGUUACUCCAACCCUUUUGAGUGAGAGAGUGCUAUUCUGUGGAAAAUGAGCACUUGCAUGUGCACUACAAGCUGCAAAAACAAGUGUUUACCUGGAAUCCAGCACAAGGUGAAGCUCGUGGCGUUGACUUCACACCUCUGUCUUAUGUCAUAUGGGCCUUGCAAGGUCCAAUCACAGACUUCUCAUAGAGAAACCUCUGAUUGGACCAUUAAGCUGGCGAAGGAUUUUAAAAAAGGAUUUAAAAAAAAAAAAAAAAAUACCAGAAGGGCGGAGUAAGGAGAAAACUAUCUACCCCUUGCAGGUGCUCUGCCUGCAAGGGGAGAGAUUAGCACGCCUGUCGCCAGUGUGCUUUGUGCACUGAUGACAAAUGCAAAAUAUGCACAGAAUUGACAUUGGCAGCUCGGAACAGGGUUCUGGCUGCAAAUGCCACGUUUACUGGGGGGUGCAACUAGCUCCCAGCACACAAUUGACAAUCACACUGCACAUUAAUAAGCACUUCAAAUCAUUAAAGUAGUCAUGGUGUUUGGAGUAACUCUUUAAUGAAAAGCUCAGAAGUGACAGUGCCAUAUUGAAUAAAUAUAUCUGAUAGUUUUUAAAAGGUGAUAAGUAAAAUGGUGGACAGCUUCCAGCACCUAUAUAGGACAGAUUCUUCUGCGAUGCUCAGUCUUCCUUUGGAUCUUCUGUUCCUGUAGAUUCAAAGUCCCAUUAGUCUUUGCGAAUCUAUGGAUGUUUGAUUAUUCUGGAAGUUGUAGUACAUGUUUACAGCUGAUUUACUGCAAGUAAGUCUUUGUCCACUCAAACCUUUUUAAGCAUGUAGAGCAUGUUAUGAAUGCUAGCAGAAUAUUGAUUGCAAUGUUUGUUUUCUUUUUUUAUUCAGUGACAGUAAUAAUGAUAGGUGAAAUGUGAAUGACCAUGUUGUUGUUGUUGUUGUAAUAGAACAUUAAGAGAGAUUAGUUGUCCUCUGUGAUUAUUCCAGAAAACCUGUGCCUGCACAAUAAUACAUAAUGCCUCCUGAUGUUUGUAAACAAGCCAAUGUAGUAUUCUUUGUAAUAUAUGCUACAAGAGGUGAUUUAAGUAUUUUUUUGAAGCACUCCAGUUAUUGACACACCCAGCACCAUUACAGCACACUAGAGGGGUUAUGUUGUCAGAAGCCUAGGUGCCAUCCCAUGCUUAGUAAUCUAACCAUUUUAGAACGAUUUGAAAACUUACCUGGAUCCUGUCAGGCACCCGCAGCUGCAAUCCCUGCAUCAGGUCUUCUCCAUUAACAGAAUGUGGUUAGCUUUAUAGAGCUAAGCAGGGCCCGGCAGUACCGCACAUAUGGCCUGAGAGUGUCCUGAGAGAGUGUCCACCAGAGAGCGCUGUCGCGAUAAGGAAGUGGCUCCACCAGUCAGGAGCUCUUAAUUCUUGGUGAUGUUUGAACUUAUCUCAUGUAGAAUAUGUAAUCUAGUCUCUUGCUUGGAGUGUCUUUUAAAAUCAUCCUGUCUGCUUUUUGCUUUAUGUUUUGCUGGCAAAUAUUUAUAAGUAAUACCUGAGUUCUGCAUUGCUGUCAUAUCAUAAACAUGCCCAUAAUCUGCAGUUCAGUAUUCUGUUUAGUGUUGCUGCUAAACUAGUGAUGUUUUGCCUUGUUCCUGGUACUUAGCCUGUUGUUUUGUUUGAUAGAUGAAGUUAUACGCAAGAGACUUUUGAUUGAUGGUGAUGGAGCUGGCGAUGAUCGAAGAAUUAACUUGAUGGUAAAAAGUUUCAUAAAGUGGUGCAAUUCCAGCGCCCAGGAAGAAGGGUAAGACUGAUUUCAGUUUGUCUUUGUCUUAAUAUUUUUCAACUGUAUUUAUCUGUUUUCGUUCUAUUUAUUUUUCUGUUGCAGUGAUUAUGACAGUGUCACAUUACAACUGUUUAAGGGACACUAUAGUCACCAGAACAACUACAGCUUAUUGUAUUUGUUCUGGUGAGUAUAAUCAUUCCCUUUAGGCUUUUUGCAGUAAACACAGCUGCCCAUCCUCCAGGUGCCCAAAGGAGCCAUGUCACAGUAUGGCAGAGCAGGCACCUUCUUAACCUUGAUGACAGGUGCUGCUCUGCCAUCAAAUGACGGUGCCCGGAGGAGAAUGCAGGCGGCGAGGUCUUCUUGCAGGCUCUCCGUCCUCUGUGAUGCCGGGAGCCAGAAUAUGCCGUAAUUUCUGCUGAGGCAUACUAAACAGCGGGCGGGAGGAGUGAGAGGCUGCCCCACACUGGAAGCCAGGGAGGUGAAUGUUUGAGUGUUUGUCAGUGAGUGUAUGUAUGUCAGUUAGUGUCUGUGUAUGUGUAUCAGUGAGUGAGUAUAUGUCUGUCAGUGAAUGUGUGUGUCUGUCAUUGCGCGUGUGUGUGUGUGCAUGUCAGUGAGUGUCUGUGUGUCUGUCUGUCAGUGAGUGAGUAACAUGAAGGGGAGGCAAAAUGGAUCUUUGCCUAGGGUGGCAGAAAUCCUUGCACCGGCCUUGAGUAAACACUGUCUUUUCAGAGAAAAUUAAGUGUUUACAUUACAGCCUAGGGAUACCUCCAUUGGCUACUAGAGAUCCUGGGGCAGUCCUGCCUAGUGUGUCGCACUGCCAUUCAAUGUCUCCAUUACCUGCAUGCAGACACUGAAUUUUCCUCAUAGAGAUACAUUGAUUCAAUUAAUCUCUAAAGGAAAUGCUGAUUGGCCAGGGCUCUGCUGAUUGACCAGUGACUUGUGCUGGCUCUGCCCCUGAUCUGCCUCCUUGACAGUCUCAGCCAAUCCUAUGGGGAAGCAUUGUGAUUUACUCAGACCACCACUUCUUAUAAUGACUGCUGGGAGGUCAGAGGCAGCAGCUUCAACCUUGAAUACAAGUAAGAUUUUACUAUAUUUAGGGAGGCAAGUGGGCGCCAGGGGGGCUAGAUGGCGGUUUUAACACCAUAGGGUCAGGAAUAAAGGUUUGUGUUCCUGACCCUUUAGUGUUCCUUUAAACUGUGUAGUUCUUUGUAGCAUUUGAUUACACAAUACACAAUAUUGGUGGUUUAAAUGCCCAGAAAUUCUGUUUCUAUUAUGGUAACGGAGAGGCUCUAUAAACUAGAAAUUAUCUUCUUUUUUUUUUUUUUUUUACAACUGCUAUUUAGUCAGUAAGGACUAAUGCUGAUAUGAUAUAUGAUAUGAUAUGAUUAAACUCACACCUAUCAUAGGAAUGGCUUGACAAGGUAACAUAAAAAAACGUAGUUUGUAUCACUGAUAAGAAUAACUAUGGGUUGACGUACAUUUGACUCACAGAGACUGGUUAUAAAGUUCUGUAUUUGUAAGUUGAAUAGUUUUUACAUGUGUUAUAACAAUGAAUACCCUGUCUUUUGUAGAAAUAUCUUAAAUUAAGGAGUUUAAGAAUAAAUAAUUUUUGUAAAAUUAGGAGGAGAAAAAAAAAAAAAGAAGAAUCACUAAAUGGCGUAAUUCUAUUCUUCACUUAUCUAUAUUGUUAUUCAGUGAAUGCCAUGUAAGGGAUCUUUUAUAUCCAGGCUUGUCAGAUCUCAUGGAGACUAGGAAUUUUGCCUGGGUGUUUGUCAGACCAUUCGGCUGAGGGGGAAUGAAGGCGGCGCAAGCAAUGCGGGUGUCAAAGGAACUGAAAUCUCCAAGGUCUGCUCUGCUCGCUCGUGCCACCUGGUGUGAUGCCAGGAGCCUGAAUACAAUGUCACUCCGGCCCGGCAUCACUAAACGGGGCGGAAGAGUGCAGAGCAAGAAGAGCUUGAAGAUUUCAGCACCCAGUUAAAGGAUCCACUCCAGCUCUCCCAAAGGUAGGGAGGCUGGGUGAACUUAAUAAAAAAAAAUUAUUAUAAUUUGUGCGUGUGUGAGAGAAUGUAAAAGUGUGCCUGUCUGCCAGUGAGUAAAAACAGUGAUUGUGUGUCUGACUGUGAGUGCUUAUGUUUAGGUGAUCGGCUCCCCCUCCGAUUGCAUGGGAAAGGUGUUUUUACUUACUGGCAGACCAUGCAGAGCGUGGAGACUCUGAUUGUAGGUGUUGAGCAUUCUGCAGCACUGUUCUAAGAAGCACUUCUAGUGGAUGUCUAGGCAGCAAUGUAAACACUACCUUUUUUUCUGGAAAGACAGGAUUUUCACUGCUUGGCCUGGAGGGACAAGUUAUGGACACCAGAGCCACUACAUUAAAGGGACACUAUAGUCACCAGAACAAAUAAAGCUUAUUGUAUUUGUUCUGGUAAAUAUCCUUUCCUUCAGACUUUUUGCAGUAUACACAGUUUUUUUUUUCAGAGAAAAGGCAGUGUUUACAUGACAGGGUAGGGAUACCUCCACUUGCCACUCCUAAGAUGGCUACUAGAGGUGCUUCCUGGGGCAGUGAUGGAGACCCUGAACUUUCCUCAUAGAGAUGCAUUGAUUCAAUGCAUCUCUAUGAGGAGAAGCUUAUUGACCAGCACUGUGUUUGGCUUGGGCUGGCUCUGCCCCUGAUCUGCCUACUGACAAUGUGAAAGCAUUGUGUUUGGCUGAGAGAUUUACUUCUGCUGAUGUCAGCCAAGCAGGCAUAUCAGGGGCAGAGCCAGCAGCAGCAGACUACUAGCUUUAUUGCAGGGGAGCUAGAUUGGGUUUUUAACACUAUAGGGUCAGAAAUACAUUGUGUUCCUGACCCUAGAGUGUUCCUUUAAGAUGUAGUGGUUCUGUGACUAGAUUGUCCCUCGAAGAAUUGUAUUUUUGUUGAUGAAAAUAAAACUUUGUCAGUAAAAAAAGAAAAAAAAUCCUGACUCCUAACUUUGUUUUGCUAGCUCCUAGAUUUCAAGCAAAUUUGUCAAGCCUUGCUUUAUAUGCUAUUUUGAUUGUAAGUUCUCCUGUCUAGAGAACUUUUACUAUUUCAUAGAACAUGUGUAGCACGCCUCAUUGGAUACAUUUUACACAUGCACAGUAGAAUAGUGUUGCCAAAUUAUGUUGGUGCAAAAUGUUCUUCUAUAAUAUGCACAUGUGAAAUUAUAUCUUUAUUGCAGAGAGGGAACUGUUAGCGACAGCUCCUCUCUAAUAAACACUAUUUUAACAUUUAUCUGGGUGAAUCAUGCAGUGUAGGCAAGUAGAAAACUAACUUGUUUUUGUUACACUUUCCUGUGUCUUGCAUGAACUCUGGCUUCCUUAUUCUGUUUCCACUUUUAAUUUUAAAUAUUGGAAUGGGAGGACACAUGCAAAUAAGAAUCCCCACCAAUUUGUGAUUCAAAAUGCUGCUUUGAAUGGACAUUAUAGUCACCAAAUCAACUUUAGCUUAAUGAAGCAGUUUUGGUGAGUAGUUCAUGCCCCUGCGUUUUCGUUGCUAAAUUCUUUCAUUUAGGAGUUAGAUCACUUUGUUUAUGCAGCCUUAGUCACACCUCCCUGCAUGUGACUUACACAGCCUUCCUAAAUACUUCCUGUAAAGAGUCAUUGGGCAGACUAGAUGGGCCAAAUGGUUCUUAUCUGCUGUCAAAUUCUAUGUUUCUAUGUUACAUCACAUUCUAUGAAUCAUCAAAUGGUUUCACUUCCUUUAAUGCAAAUUCUGCUUAAUUUAGAAUUACUUAUUUCCUGCUCAGUUAAUAGCUUGCUAGACCCUGCAGGAUCCUCAUGUAUGUAAUUAAAUAUCAGUUUCCAAAAAAUGAAGCCAUUUCGUUUUCAUGCAAGCUGCUAAACCGAAACAAAAGUGAUUUUAAAUCUUAAAUGACCGUGGAUUGACCAGUGAAACUUCAGAGGCAUAAUCUAUACAGCAAAACUGCUUCAUUAAGCUAAAGUUGUUUUGGUGACUAUAGUGUGCCUUUUAACCUUUCCAAUAAAGCUGCCUCUUGACUUCACUCAAGUCCCUAGUUCUCUGUGCCAUAUAUAGUUUUGGCAUAAAACCUUAAAAAAAAAAAAAAAUAUAUAUAUAUAUAUAUAUAUAUAUAUAUAUAUAUAUAUAUAUAUAUAUAUAUAUAUAUAUAUAUAUAUAUAUAUAUAUAUAUAUAUUUAUAUUUGAGAGGGCCCAUAUUUUCUAUCAUCUAGGUUGUGACCAACACAAUGCAAUCUUUAGAAGCAGAAUGAAUAUUUUGGAUCCACACUCCUAAUUAUUAGACUGAGAUAUAACUGAGAUCCUCCUUCAUUGAUCCUCCAUGUCCUGUGUUUUUCAGAUAUACCCAGUACCAGCGAAUGCUGAGCACCCUAUCUCAAUGUGAGUUUUCCAUGGGAAAAACUCUUCUCGUACAUGAUAUGAACCUGCGGGAAAUGGAGAAUUAUGAAAAAAUAUAUAACGACAUUGGUAAGGAGACUUUAUCUACACAUGAAACAAUAAAUCUGUUUUAUUCAUUUUAUUUUGUCAUGAAAAAUCUAAGGUAUUGCUUAUAGAGACAUGUCAGCCAACCAUAUUACCGUGGUAGAGCUAACAAGUAUAUUGUCAAUAUUUGAGAUCAACCAUACGGCAUAUUCAUGUUGGGGCUGUUUGGAUUAUUUUGGUUGUGGGGUUAUUUUCUUGCUCAUCCUUCACCCCUUUAUUCUCUGUGGUUAAGAGAUAUAUCGUAUUAGAUGGCUAUUAGGCAGCUAUCUUUAUUCUAGGAUCAGCUUCGUUAUUUCGAGACUGAGUGGGAAAACAAGAUUAAAAAUUCUUAUCGUUUUAUAAUUCAAGAUAUUCAAACUGUGGAUUAUUUGUUGUACAAAAUUGUUUUUUGUUUUACAUCGAUGGAUACAAAUAUAUAAAUUGUUUUUAUCAUCCAUAAAUAUAAGCAGAUCAAUAAUUUACAAAAAAAAUAAUUGUAAAUUCUGAUGGAUCCUCUUCCCUUUUUUAUUAUUGUUAUUUUAAUUUUAUGCUAAGUACCUAAUAACUAUUUGAAAAGAGAGAGAGAGAGAGAGAGAGAGAGAUAUAUAUAUAUAUAUAAUAUAACAAAAGGGGGUUGGCUGCACUCACCUUAACAUGCAUAAAUGGGGGUGCUGCUGGGGGCCAAAUAAUACAAAACACAAGAUCCAGCGCACUCACCUAUCCACUAAACAGCAACUUCAAUGUUGAAAGAUUUUAUUAGUUUUUUUAAAAACACCUAAUCUAGGCAAAAAUAAUGGGGGUUUAGUUACAUUAUAUGAUCAUACAUUGCAUAAGCCUGCCACAACGUCAAUGUACCCCAUCUUUGGCAGGUCCUACACUAACAGCCUAAUGUCUGCUCUUAUGAGAUUAACCUACUUGGGGAAAGAAAUUCCAUCUGGGGCUCUCUGCAGUACAAGGCUAAAUAGGGCCCUGGGAUGAGGCACCUGUGACAGGGAGGGGUGCAAAACCAAGGAGUUGGCUAGACUCCCCAAAUAUAUAUAAAACAAAAGGGGGUUGGCUGCACUCACCUUAACAUGCAUAAAUGGGGGUGCUGCUGGGGGCCAAAUAAUACAAAACACAAGAUCCAGCGCACUCACCUAUCCACUAAACAGCAACUUCAAUGUUGAAAGAUUUUAUUUGUUUUUUUAAAAACACCUAAUCUAGGCAAAAAUAAUGGGGGUUUAGUUACAUUAUAUGAUCAUACAUUGCAUAAGCCUGCCACAACGUCAAUGUACCCCAUCUUUGGCAGGUCCUACACUAACAGCCUAAUGUCUGCUCUUAUGAGAUUAACCUACUUGGGGAAAGAAAUUCCAUCUGGGGCUCUCUGCAGUACAAGGCUAAAUAGGGCCCUGGGAUGAGGCACCUGUGACAGGGAGGGGUGCAAAACCAAGGAGUUGGCUAGACUCCCAAAUAUAUAUAAAACAAGAGGGGGUUGGCUGCACUCACCUUAACAUGCAUAAAUGGGGGUGCUGCUGGGGGCCAAAUAAUACAAUACACAAGAUCCAGCGCACUCACCUAUCCACUAAACAGCAACUUCAAUGUUGAAAGAUUUUAUUUGUUUUGCACCCCUCCCUGUCACAGGUGCCUCAUCCCAGGGCCCUAUUUAGCCUUGUACUGCAGAGAGCCCCAGAUGGAAUUUCUUUCCCCAAGUAGGUUAAUCUCAUAAGAGCAGACAUUAGGCUGUUAGUGUAGGACCUGCCAAAGAUGGGGUACAUUGACGUUGUGGCAGGCUUAUGCAAUGUAUGAUCAUAUAAUGUAACUAAACCCCCAUUAUUUUUGCCUAGAUUAGGUGUUUUUAAAAAAAACAAAUAAAAUCUUUCAACAUUGAAGUUGCUGUUUAGUGGAUAGGUGAGUGCGCUGGUUCUUGUGUUAUAUAAUAUCUCUAUCUGAGCGGUAAUGUGGGAUUGGAAAACCUAUAAUCACAUUUUAGGCAUGUGCCACCAUAAAUCAAAAACUUGGGAUGUAUGUCAAAAUGUAUUGUCCUCUGUAUUGAGUAAUAACUCCCUAUAGCUCCUUUUGAGUGGACACUAACAAGUUUGUAUUUGCAUUGUCUCCUUACAUGUGAAGAGAGUAGCAUUGCUGCAGCGCAUGAGAAAAUUGCAGAGUGCAAGAAGCAGAUCUUGCAAGCGAAACGCAUCCGAAAGAAUCGUCAAGGUAAAAAAACACCCCCUUAUUAUAGUGGCACUGGUUAAUUAAUUCGUUCACACAAACAAAUGUAUAAUCCACUAAAUUUUCAUUUUCAGAAUACGAUGCGUUGGCCAAAGUGAUACAGCAUCACCCAGACAGACACGCAACAUUAAAGUAAGAGAACAUUAUGUAUGAGGUACUAUAGAAGAUGUUGCAAUAAAUAAAUUGGCUUAGACACAUGUGAAAGAAUGACAAGAUCCCUUGCUCGACUGCAUGAGUCAUUACAUGACAUUCAAUGCAUUAGUAUUAACAGGAGUGUCAGCAGCCGCAAGUGGUUUCAGUUCUAUAUAAUUUAAAACCCAAGAUCAACGAUCUGUUGAACUAAGGCUUGAAAUGGUUUAACUCUACCUCAAGUAGAACUUUAGCACUGUAGUGUAGCAAAUUCUUGGGAAAUUUGUGUUUUGUUUUUUUGUGUACAUCUGCCAUCUUGGUUCUUUUGUCUCUAGUGGUGGUUUUUUGUCCAUAUUUAAAGAUGGACAUUGUGCAGCAAUUAUAACCCCUUUCUAACAGAAACUACAUCAUAUUUAAUGAAAUUCUUCUUGUUAUGUUACUGUAGCUCCUUCCCCUAGUUUAUUCCCUUCCUGACAAGCAGCCAUCAUCUCUGCACUUCACUCACUAAAAAUUCAUUAAGAGCUCGGAGGUUUGUAUCUUCCAACACACACACAUUUAGAAGGCUCUACAUCUGGUUAAUUGUGCGCAAUUUUGUUGUAGGAUUAAAAAAAUGUUGUUUUGGUCAGUUUAUAAAUAUCCAAUUUAUAUCUUCCUGUUUUUUGGGUUUUUUUUUUUUUUCUUCAGACAACUUGAUACUUUAGGAGAAGAGCUUCAGCAAUUGUCACAAACUAAACAGAAUGUGGAGGAUAAGGUAAGAUUCCUUUUAAUCAUUUUUCUAUCUUUUCAGCUGUGUAGAAUUUCAGUUUGAAGAUGCUUAUUUUGGUUUGCAUGCUAAUAAAAAUUAGUUUCAAUAGGCUUUGCUGCAAACGAAUUGUGACUUAAGUAAAAUAAUCCGAAUAAUAGUGUCCUAAUCAGCUAUAUAAAGAGAUGGGAAUGAUUUGUCCUACAUAUGAUUUUACUGAUAUCAAAAUGACUUGGCUUAGUAGAGUUCUACUUUCUGAAGACUAACUUUUUCACUCAAGAUUGUAGAGAGAUUGUAAUUUUUGCAGGUCAGUAGGUUAUGAUAUGCGGGGUCAAGUUUGGUAAUAAGGUAAAAUAACAGAAGUUUAUUUAUUUUAUUUUUUUACCUAAUGUAUUUCUUUAUUUUGUAGCUGGAAUUAAGGAGAAAACAGUUUCACGUUCUUCUCAAUACCAUUCAUGAGCUUCAACAAACUCUAGAAAGUAAGUUAAUCUUCUAUUCUGAUUUUCGGCAUAUUAAUGUAAAUAAAAGUCAAGAGCAGCAUGUUAAACACACAAUAAAAGAGAGGAUAGAAAAAAACACACAAUGAAAGAGCAGACUGAGUGCUCAUUUAGAGACUUGCUUUGAAUAAGGCAAUAAAAGGGAAUCGGUAUGUUUACUAAAAUUUUCACAUAAAACACCUUGGAUUGUGCUGAUUUUAGAAUUAUAUACAAACCCAAAAAUAAAGCAGUGGCUUAGUAUCGAACAGCUCAAAAUAUAUAGUAGUAAAAAAACACGAGACCGUUACCUGCGCUCUGGCCCAAAUCUCUAUGUACAUCUAAACGAACUGGAGGCUCUUUAGUUUUAUUCCAAUGGCCAUUUGAAUAUAUAAGAUCACCUGCCACAUCAAGGCAAGCCUCAAUAGGUGAGUCCUACACUAGCCAUUAGAUAUGCUGAUAUCAGCCAAGAAUCUCCAAUGAGACAGGAAGGGGUAUUUUAUAAACCCUUUCACAUUUAACCCUUUAUAGGGCUUCUACACAUACAAUAAACUUUGAUGGUAUCAGACAAAGGUAGACGUUUCUUCCCCCCCCACGCCGUCUACUAUAAGAUUCCAUCAGUCGUCAGCUAGAAAGAAAUAAAGGAAACUCUCCCAAAGUUGAAAGUUUCUCUAUGCUCGUGUGAAGAUAUUUGUGUAUUUUGGGAGUUGCAUCAAAAGCAAAUGAUUAUUUAAAAGGAAACAAAGUGUAUACAAUAAUUAGCUUGUGUUACCAUGUGUAACCACAAUGUCUCAAGGGGUAGGCAACCUUCGGCACUCCAGAUGUUGUGUACUUCAUCUCGCCUGAUGCUUUGCCAGCAUUAUGGUUGCAAGAGUAUUAUGGGACUUAUCGUACACAACAUCUGGAAUGACCAAUCUUGCCUGCCUUUGGUUUGUACCAGGCAUAGGCAACCUUCGGCACUGCAGAUGUUUUGGACUACACCUCCCAUGAUGCUUUGCCAGCAUUAUAGGUGUAAGAGCAUUAUGGAGGAUCUAGUCCACAUCUGGAGUGCUAAAGGUUGCCUACCCCCCGGUUUAUACUAUUACAUCAGAAACCCUUUCCCAGGCUUUAUUUACUAUGGCCUCUAUAGGGAAAUAAAUGACUUGACAAACCGUUUAUUCAGUUUCAAUUGCUAGGGGUCCUGAUGUUUAUAUACACAUGAAUUCAACAAACCUAGAUUAUAACUUCAAACUAGAUAUUGUUCAAUCAAGCAAUAUGUGUCUGUAUCACAAUAUACCAUUUAACGUUUAUAACACUAUUAAAUGAACACUAUAGUGUUAGGAAAAUAAAAUACUAUAGUGCGCCCCCCUCAUUUAUCCCCUGAUAAAAGGUUAAUAGACUUUUUUUUUUUUUUUACUUUUCCACUUACCUGAUUUCCUGCACUUAUGUCCCUCGGUGCCAGGUCUGGCUUUGCCAAAGUCACAAUGGUUAGGAAUGCGCAUUGAACACCAAGAUGCUUUCAAGAUGCUGGACAUGAGGUUGUCCAGCUUUGUUUCACACAGUAUAACUCAAUAAAACAUCAGGAAGGGUCAUGAGUGGCUGUUUGGUAGACAUCUGCUACCAAAACUGCAAUAAUUAACAUUGCAGGGUUAAGGGGACAGGGACACUGCACCCAGACCACUUCAAUGAGUAAUCUGCUACCUGGUAGAUGAGUUUCAUUCCUGUGUAUAUUGCUGACACCUGACCACUUGCUGUAUAUUAAAGAAAAAGAGCUGUUUUUAGAAUGUAUAGAAUCGAUCUCUAAUACUCAUGUGUAAUAGGUUUGCUCACACUUCCAUAAUUACCAGUUUACUCUAUACUGUUCAGCCGCUCUUCUCCCUCACUCACUCACUCCCUUCCUUUUUUUUUUUUUUUGCUAUUUGCUUAAGUGUGUUUUAGUGCGGUUAAUGGCACCUUCAUCAGAGGGUCCCUAUAGUACUUUUUUCACUUUUAGUUUGUCGUGUUUCUGUUGUUGAAAACUGAGGGUUCAUAUAUGUGCCAAAAAUAAGGUAUGGAGAAGAGCAGCUGAUCAGCAUAGGCUCAACUUUGAUACGUUGUGAGGAAGUGUGAGCAAACCUAGUAUAGGUGAGUGUAUUAGAGAGCUAUUAUAUUAAAGGGACACUAUAAUCAUUAGAACAACUACAGCUUAUUGAAUUUAUUCUGGUGAGUAUAAUUAUUCCCUUCAGGCUUUUUGUAGUAAAUACUAUCUUUUCAGAGAAAAUGCAGUGUUUACAAUACAGUCUAGUGAUCACUCCGCUGGCCUCCCCUUAGAUGGCUACUAGAGGUGCUGCACAGUGUGACUGCCGUUCAGUAUCUCCCCCCUCUGCAUGGAGACCCUGAAUUUUUCUCAUUGCAUCUCUGUGAGGAAAUGCUGAUUGACUAGGGCUAUGUUUGACUGGUGCUGGCUCUGCCCCUUCUCUUCCUCCUUGACGGUCUCCUUUCCUACCGGAAAGCAUUGUGAUUGGCUUAAAAAAACCAUUUUUGAUGAUGUUUGCUAUACAGGCAGAUCAGGGACCGAGCCAGAAGCAGAGAGGAAUCAAUGUAAGAUUUUACUAUAUUUAGGAGGGGGGCGGUGAGAGGUGCUAGAUUGUGGUCUUAAAACUAAAGGGUCAGGAAUACAUAUGUGUGUUCCUAACACUAUAGUGUUCCUUUAAUAAUAUUGGUUUGUUGAAAUUCAUGUGUAUAGUAUAAACAUCAGGACACCUAGCAACUGAAAUUUAAUACAGCAUGGGAAUAGGUAUCUCUGAUGUGAAAGUAUAAACUGUGAAACUGAAACAUUUUGGUUACACAGGGUGACACAAGCCAAUUAUUGUAUAUACUUUGUAUCUUUUUGAAUUCUAAUUUGCUUCUGAUAAAACUUCCACCUUAAAAUACAUUUUCCAUACUAGCAUAGAGAAACUUUAAACGUCAGACUUUUUUCUUUCAUUCCUUUUCAGUUUAUUAAGUUCUGGGUUAAACCCUUCCUUUACUAGUGCAAGUGCUGUGUUGGAUCUUACUUUUUUUUAUUUUAUUUUUAUUUUGUUACAUCGAGCAUUGUGCCCUAAUAUCAGUAACUAUGUUCCAUUGCUCCAUAGUCCACUACAAUCUCCUGUUCAACUGCAUUUCUGAAGUUGGAAGACCAUUCAGCACCAACAUCAGAGAGCCACUUGAUUUACACUCCUGUAACAUUGUGUUUAAACAAUGCUUUAAUUAUGCAAAACUCAAAAUGGAGCAAAGCAAAAUAUAACCUCCUAAUAUAAAUGCAAACAGAUAUAUAAAAUAGCAUAUUGCCUUCACCAAGUCAAUAAACAAGGGAUUUUGCUGUAUGCACUCAUCGUAUUAGUAUGGUUUCCACAUCUUUAAUUUUACAUUUUCCUUAUCAUAUCCAUAAAUUGUAAGCCAGAUGGGUAACUGAAAAGGUAUUACUUUAAAUAGUUAAAAUAAUUUUAUGUCCAAAGCUAUAUGUGCUAUUAUUGUAAUGCUGCUCAUUUACCCUUUUUAUAUACUGCUCAAAUGUUGCAGCCCACAUUUUGUAGUUAACAAGGGCGUGUAUCUCUGUAAUGUAAACAUGACUACCGUUUUAAUAUCAAAACUCCCGGAAGCGCCCCUAGAGGAUGCCAUAGUACUGCAAUGCAAACAAUGAGAUGAAUUGGUCUGUGUGCCUAUAGUGUCCAUUUAAAGGACCACUACAGUGCCAGGAAAACAAACAAUUUUUCCUGGCACUAUAGUGUUAAUAGGUCCGUCCCACACCUGCCGGGCUCUAGUGGGAGGAAGGGGUUAAACACUUGCCUUUCUCCAGCGCCGGGCUCGCUUGGCGCUGGGGACCCCCUUCCGACGUCAUCCGCUGAAUGCGCAUUCAGUCAGUCAAUAGGAAAGCAUUUCUCAAUGCUUUCCUAUGGACGCUGGUGUCUUCUCCCUGUGAAAAUUACAGGGAGAAGCGCCUCUAGCGGCUGUCAAUGAGACAGCCACUAGAGGCUGGAUUAACCCAUAUGUAAACAUGCAGUUUCUCUGAAACUAUGUUUACAGCAGGCAGGGUUAAACCUAGAUGGACCUGUCACCCAGACCAUUUCAUUAAGCUGAAGUGGUCUCGGUGCCUAUAGUGGUCCUUUAAGGAUACAAUCUUUAUAAAAUACUCCUAUUGAUUGAAUUUUUUGGAAAUAGUAUCCAGAUACCAUAAGACAAUGCAGGGACUGUUUUGUCUUGUGGUCAAGCCUGAAACUACCAAAAUCGAACAAUAAGCAGAGCUACCAGUAGCUUUCCUGAGCUAAAACAUGAUGUGCAGGGCCAGCUCAUUGGCCGAGUACAUCAGCUGAUCGUCUAGCGGACCCCAAGUUACCAAGUUUUUUGACUACUUGCAUAUGAUUUAAAUAUGUUAUAAAUAAGUCAAUCAAUCGCACACAUUAUCCCGGAUUUUAACUACAGAAUAUGGGAAAGACACGGCAUACAAUUUCUACACCAGAUACUCACCAAUACGGGACUAGCAACCUUCGCCUCAUUACAGGCCUCACAUAAACUCCCAACGGUAGCACAUUAUUCAUACCGCCAAUUAAACUCAUGGUUGCGCAUACAAAUUCAGGAGAAAACAAUCAACACUCAGACACAAAAGAUGACAGAAUUUGAGGAAAUGUAUAUUAGCCCCACACCGCCCCAGAAAGUCAUAUCCUCUAUCUAUACAACACUACCCACAAAAUGCAAACUGCACGAACACAGAUUUAUCAAAGCGUGGGAAACAGAAACCCCAAAAAAAUUUACUGAACCGGAAUGGGAACGCAUGAUCCUAACCCCCAAAUCCUUCACGUUAUGCUCAAAACACAUAGAGCUUGCCAAAAAACUCCUAUAUAGAUGGUACCUUACACCCAUACGACUACACAAAUAUAAUCAAUCCCUUCCAACACACUGCUGGAGAUGCAAAUCAGGCACAGGAACAAUGGCACACAUAUGGUGGACCUGCCCAUACCUGCAACAAUACUGGAAAGACAUAUCCAAAAUCAUCACACACAGUACAGGAUGCACCCUACCUCAUAAUUUGGACAACUAUGUGCUCUUCAAUAUCCCAGAGUCGCUACCUAAACCAGAUAGGUACCUCAUCUUCCAUAUAAAUAUAGUAGCCCUAGGCGCUCUAGCACAAAACUGGCUAUCACAAACUAUACCCUCCAUCCCCAUGUGCAUACAACAAAUAAGCCACGCGGGCCACUUUGAAACCACAAUGAGAAGGCAAACCACUUCUCCCAACAAACCACACAAACAGUACCGAAGAUACUGGGAAAUAGCAUGGGAUAAGUGGGAAACAUACAAAAAUGACACAACAGGGAACCUCCCAUCGUGAGCUGAUGUCGUGAAUGACCUCGACCCACACGAGGCCAGAAUACUUGCCAAAGCAUACCCCACCAGACGGGAAUGCCAAAGUAACUGACCACAAGGAGUACGACCACUCCAUACAACACUAGAGGUCCAAAGGUAAACUUGAAGAGCAACCGAAAUAACCCUCAAAUGACUUCAAGCACAUAUCCAGUCCCCAGGGAAAUUAUGGCAAACAAUACCACUGAAGCAUAGGGUCAGGCCCUAGUUCCCUCCCUCUCAUCUACUCCAAGGGUACGGGAAAAGUAUAUAUCCCAAAGGCCAAUGCACGAAUGUCACUGCCUUGCACGGUUUAACAGUAAUUAUGUGUACUCCAACAAAUGUAAUUACAGAGACUGUAUAUGAUGACUAACUUGUACACACUCUUUAUGGAAUUGCAACUACCCCCCUCCCCACCCCUCCCUUCUUUUUUCUGUAUCCUCAUCCCUAAAGAAUGACAAAACAAUAAAAAUUUGUGGAUUCUCUCCUUUUGUUUACAACAAUAAAAUGCACAGUUUCAAUUCUUAAGGCCAUGCUUUAGAAGAAAAAAAAAAAAGUUUAGGAUGUUGCCUUGUAUUUACUUCACUUUUACUAAAGAAUAGUUUCUUAUAAUUACAAGAUGAGUUAUUAAAUAUUAGGCCAGAAUAACAGGAGAAAUAGCGGUGUCAUCCCAAUAUUUUAAUUGUUCUCCACGUUUUUUCAGUUCAGUGAAUAAUCCAAUCCUGCUAUAAUUUUCAUGUGUUAUAGCAUGUGAAUUACAGUAGUGUGUGCUUUAGUCAAAUUGUAAGUAGAAGUGCACCUAAAGUUAAGUUCAGUGAAUUAGUGCCGUACUCUAGCAUUAAGUUCAUCUAACAACUUAAUAGCAUAAAUAACUGUAUUUAGAUAUUUACAAUUGUUAGUAAAUUUCAGUAGAAAGAUUUUUUUAUUUUUAUUUUUUUUAAUAGUGUCCCUGGCAUUUUAUUUCUAUUUAUUUUUUGCUUUUCCUCUAUGACUGGCACACUUUAUUAUAUCAGCUGAUCUUUCUAAUGUUAAAGUAUUCUGCAUUAUGUGUUUACAACAGCUUUGAAAUGCACAGAGCAAUAGAAAGAUAAGCUUAAACAUAUGGGGCCGCCUGUGCCUACUGUGAUUUAAUUGGCAUACCUGCUAUGUGCAAAUGAGUUACAGCACUUGGCAAUACACUAGAUAUUCACUUCCUGUAUUGCUGCUGAGUUAAAUGUGAUCUGUUAGGCACUGCGGCACAUAUAUGAAAGAUUUCCCCUGUGCCCUAAGAUUUUGCACAAUACCUUCUAUUUUAUAUAAAUCAUAGUUGACAACAUUUCGGGCCCUGGAAAGCUAAAGUUGCUAUAGUAGGUUUUAAACAUACCAAGGGAGUCAAUACAGUGUUAAAGGAAUUAUUAUUUUUUUCAUUACAGAAAAUACAAGAUUUCAUAACCAUAUACCCGGAAGCUAUAAUGUAUGUGUAUGCAUACAUAUGAGUAAAACUCUUUCCAAUGCAUCUCCCAACUAGCCCUCCAUCCACCAAUGUUGCCAUCAUUAAUGGGAUACAAUAAGCAAAUAAAUAAUAAAAAAAUAGAUUUUAGGUGAAUAGAUCAUGCCCAUGCAGCGUCACUAUUCAACUGUCAGCCUUUCAGAGUUGAUUCUUUGUGAACAUCCAUUUGCUGUGUUUUACACAGCCUCUAUGAAAAUAUUUAAUUUACAAACCAAUCUUACAGCACGAUGUGUUAUUAGAAAGUCUUAUCUCCUGCUCUGUUAAUUGAACUUGAAUCAAACACAGGAGGUUGGCAAUUAACAAAGCAUGAGCAAAGAAAUUCUAUAUUAAACAAACUGUGCAAUAAGGGAAGUUAAGAAAUGUGUAGUGAGGCUGAGUUACAGCUAGGGGAAGUGUAGCAUAAACAAAGUAAUUUAACUUCUAAAACUUUUAAGUCCUAUUUAUCGUAAGCAGUAGUUAUCCGAUCAAAUAUUUUGCGUGAGUAAAAGCUAAUGCACUUGACAAAUACUGAUAAACGCAAGGCAUUGCAAAACAGUGUGUUUCAGCAGUUCAGAUUGCAAAUGGACUUGGGUCAAAUUUAUACUAAUUAAAACCAAUAAAUAUCUGGAAAUCUAUUAAUAAACAGGGCUAUACAUUGGACACACAUUUAGGCUGGAAGAAAGGAGAUUUCAUCUAAGGCAAAGAGAAGGUUUUUUUUGUUUUUGUUUGUUUGUUUUACAGCAAUAGCAAUAAGGAUAUGAAAUUUCUGCCUGAAGAGGUGGUUUUAUCAGAGUCCAUACAGAUGUUUAAACUGAAAUUGGAUAAAUACUUGCAAAAACAUAACAUACAGAGAUAUAAUUUCUAGUGGGGUAAAAGCUGAUUGAUCCAAGGAGACAUCUGACUGCUAUUUUGGGGUCAAGAAGGAAUUUAUUCCUAGUUUGUUGCAAAAUUGGAAGCAUUACAGACUAGGUUUUUUGCCUUCUUUUGGAUCAACAGUAAAAACAUAUGUGAGGAAGGCUGAACUUGAUGGGUGCAAGUCUCUUUUCAGCUAUGUAACUAUAUUUGACCUCUCUCACACAGUUGGCAUUAGCCAGGAGAUACACUGGUUAAAGGUGUUCAGUUAUGUUCGUAUUAAAAAAUGUAUACCUGCAUAGCUUAUAUUACACGCAAUCUUUGUAUUUCUAUAAUAAAAAAAAAGUGCAGUUUUCCUUUAAAAUGUUGUCUACUUUUUAAUAUUACCACAUAUUGAUUAUAGUUGUGUUUUUUUUCUUCCCAGAUGAUGAGAAACGUGCUGAGGAGUCUCAGGAUUCACAAAUGGACACACAAAACCCUUAGAACAUUGUGGUGUCCCUAACUGUGCUAUGGAUUUUAGUUGUCCUAGAAAAAUCUACGGGGUAUCUUUUUUUUAAACGUUUUUGUAAAAGUUUUCGUUUUCACAGCACCAGCGUCUUAUUCGUUUGGAAUUUUAUAUUUCCCAUUGGUACACAUUCGGCCCCUCAGGGUUGUGUAUCCCAUAUCAUCACGCACAAUAAACAGAAUAUUUGGAACAUAAGUUUUGAAUGAAAAUAAAAUUCCUGGUGGAUUAAACAUGAUGUGUUUUGAGUUAUUCAAUAUUAAAAUGAGAUGUUUAACUUGUGCGUUUUAGUUUUGUUAUUUCACCUGUCAAUUCACCUGAAAUCUAAAACUUUCUACGCAUUUAUGCU